GUUAAUGCAUAUGAUCAGCGGAYGUAUUUAGAUGGUUAGCUGGAAACUCUUCCCAUAAAUUGGACAUAAUGGCACAGUACUGGCAGCUAAUAGCACAUCCUAAUGAUCCUCGUUCGGGAGAUUAUGGAUACUCAAAAGAGAACAUGCAGAGCUUUGGUUCUGCUGACGGUUCAAGUGUAUAUAAAUCCAUUGAAGACGCUGCURACCGUGAUGUCAAUAUUAGGCUUUUGCAGCAUUCAGGAGUAUAUCCUGAUUACACGGAAGAACCCGAUGACCUGGCUUCAGGGAGGGCGAAUGUACAGAAUGUAACCUUAUUGUCUAGUGAUUGGUUUGGAWCGGGUGUGGUCCAUGCUAAAGUUUGGAUAUCAGAUUCUCGAGAUGUUUAUAUUGGAUCUGCUAACAAUGACUGGAAAUCUCUUACUCAGGUAAAGGAAGUCGGAAUCUAUCUUGUUGACUGUCCAACUAUAGCACGAAAGGUUGAGGUCUUCUUUAAUAACUUAUGGGCACUUGGAUCUUUGAAUCAUUCRGCUUACACAACAGAGAUAUGGGAUCAGCAAUGGCAGAUCAAUAGAACAGUACCUUGUUGGUCACAUUUUAUACCAUCUAAAGGAAGGUGCAGAUCCCCUCUUCCUCAUUAUGUGGAGGUUCCUCACACAGCUGGCUAUCCACCGCUCACAGACCCUUCAACUUUUCGAACAUCAAUUCAGACUCCUGGAUGCAGUUAUUCGUCUUUACAGCCUCYAUUAAGCUAUCUCUCUUUCGCUCCUCCAGAGCUGUCAUUUGGGAAGUACCAGACGGAUGAACAGGCAUGGGUCGACACUAUUAAAUCUGUAAAAACUGGGGAAAYUGUACGAAUCAGCACCAUGGAUUGGCUUGGUCAGUCUGAAUACGCAGCACAAACAGUUUACUGGUCAUCUUUAUCCUCAGCAAUAUCAGAGGUCAUUUUCUCCAAGAAUGCAACAGURAAGAUACUUGUAGCUUACUGGGCACAUUUCAUCACCAACACAGAUCAAUAUUUGAAGUCUCUUCUCUAUUCCAAUAAUCUAUGCACUUCUUCACCAUACAACACCUGUUCUGGGAAAAUUGAGAUCAAGUACUAUAUGGUUCCCGGUUUUAAUUUAACUGGGCCUGCGAUUAGUGAYGGAAAAAGUACAGGAAAUAAGUAUCCAGGUUACACUCGAGUCAACCAUGGAAAAUACGCAGUUAGUGACAAGCGAGCGCAUAUUGGGACCAGUAAUUUGAUAUGGGAUUACUUCUAUACAACAAUCGGCAUCAGUUUUGGGACGUACAAUCCGGCAAUCGUGUUGCAACUUCAGAAGAUAUUUGAUGCAGACUGGGAUUCUCCUUAUGCCGUUCCAGUUCAACCGUUACRGGAUGGACAUACCUUUUCAAGCUGAGGUAAUGCCAUAUUUAGGAAUAUAAUAAGAAGAUGCAUCGUGUAUUUAGGAACCCGUUUUUCCUUAUUUGAUCUUUUGCUUCUUUUUCAUUUGUUUAGUUUUGUAGACAACAAAAGGUUUUCGAUUUUUAACAAGCAUGCAUUGUUGAACACUUGUGUAGAAACAACUACUCAUUAGAAGUCCAAAUCAAAAUGCAUCACCAAUCCAUGUCUUUGUCGGAAUGUACCAAAAGAGUGGAGAACCCAUGUUAGAUCAUCGUCGUCUCAUGAUUUGCAGUAAUAGAUUUUGUAAAUAGAGGCAUAUGACAUGUGUGUAACUUCACCUUUGGUCUUUCCAUUGGAGCUGUUAUGGACUUAUGGUCAUUUGGCAUU